UAGAAAAAUGAAAGAAAUUACGAGUACUACGCAAAUCUUUCUCUAAAUUCAGUGGAGCUCGGCAGCCUCUCUCUUCCUCUUCCUCUUCCUCAGUCUCUCACUAUCUGCAAUUAUGUGUUGAUGUUUUCCGACACUUUCAACGCAUUUCCUCAUCUUCCCUGAAAUCGUCGAAACACUCUUUCUCCGAUCAAAGGUUCUACAGUUUGAGGGGAUAUGGCCAAGAAAAAAAACCCUCAUGUGUUUUUAGAUGUAUCAAUCGGUGGGAAUCCUGUCCAAAAAAUUAUCAUAGAGCUUUUUGCAGAUGUUGUUCCUAAAACUGCAGAAAACUUCCGGGUACUCUGCACAGGUGAAAAAGGUGUGGGAGCUACUACAGGGAAACCGUUACACUUCAAGGGAUCAAAUUUCCACCGCAUAAUUCAAGGAUUUAUGGCCCAAGGGGGUGAUUUUUCCAAGGGAGAUGGCACUGGUGGAGAAAGUAUCUACGGCGGCAAGUUUGCAGAUGAGAAUUUUAAAUUGGAGCAUAAAGAAGCUGGACUUCUCUCUAUGGCAAAUUGUGGUCGUGAUACCAAUGGAUCCCAGUUUUUUAUAAUCUUCAAGCGUACACCUCAUCUUGAUGGGAAGCAUGUUGUCUUUGGAAAGGUUGUGGAAGGAAUGGAGGUUGUGAAGAAAAUGGAACAGUUUGGAACUUCAGAGGGACGACCUACUGAACAAGUUAAAAUAGUUGAUUGUGGCGAAGUUUCUUCUGGUAAUAAUGAAUCUGCCGUAAAGCUAGAGAAAGGGAAAGUAAAAAAAUUGAAAAAACUUCCAAGUUCUGACGAUAGCUCAGAUGGCAAAGCUAGAGGACGGCGUAAGAGAUCUCCCAAAGAUAGGAGGAGAAAGAAGAGGAAGUAUUCUUCAUCUGACUCAUAUAGUAGCUCAUCAGAUCAAUCUGAUUCAGAUUCUGAUUCCUACAGUUCAGACUCUGAUUCUUCUGGUUCAGAGUCAGAUGCCUCCUUAUCUGACUCCAGUUCUUCCAGUGAUGGAAGGCGUCGGAAGAGAAAGAGAUCAACUAAAAUACCUAAGCGAGUACGGAAAAGGAGUAGGGGGAGUAGCAAGAGAAUUCGACGUAAUAGGAAGAAAUCUGGGCACAAGUCUAAAAGGAGUCCUGAAAGCUCAAGUGCCAGUGACAGUGAAACAACAAGCAGCAAAAGUGGCUCUGAGGAAGAAAAGUCUAGACAUCGUACUUCUUCAAAGUCGAAGAAGAAAUCAUCUGUACCUACUGAGGAGCAGCAACCGAAGGCUUGUGUGCAGAUAGUUGUGAUCAACCGACCAGAGGUGGAGGGUGAAUUGUCGCGAUUGACUGAACGUAAUUCAAAUGGUGCAAAUGGCAGGGAAACAAAGUCUGAGAAAGUUAAGGAGUCAUUUUCUGACAAAGGCAGAGAGAAACUUAGGGGCCGGUCUCCUAGUCCAAAGAAAAGUCGAGAAACUAGCCCAAGGAGAGACACUAGUUUAAGCCCCGUUAAAGAGCAUGAGGGGAGUCCCAAACCACAUCAUGAGGAUACAGUUCCUGCUGAGGAGCUUGUUCUGCCUCCUCCUCCUGCUCGGGAUCAAGAAAUGUCUAAAACUACCUCUCAAAAUGGUGAACCUACGCGUGUUAGAAAGGGACGAGGAUUCACUGAGAAAUUCGCCUUUGCACGCCGAUACAGGACCCCUUCUCCAGAACGCUCACCUCAGAGGCCAUUCAACUACGGUGGUGGUGGUAGGAAUUAUUAUGACAGGAAUCGUGAUAGGUCCAACAGGAAUUUGGGCUACAGAGGCUAUUCAGAUCGGUCACCUCGCCGCCGAUAUAGAAGCCCUCCAAGGAGAAGAUCCCCUAGGAGGAGCCGAAGUCUCUCCCACAGUCCAAGUGAUAGACGUGGACCCAGGCGUGGUCGCAGCCGAAGUCCAGUUCGUGGUUCCAGUCCAAGGCGGGAUCGGGAUCAGAGCCGGAGUCCAGUUCGUGGUUCCAGUCCAAGGCGGGAUCGGGAUCAGAGCCGGAGUCCAGUUCGUGGGUCUAGUCCAAGAAGGGAGACACGCCCAGAAAUCAGUGAUAAGCUACGGUCCCGUCUUGGCCCCCGUGCACGUUCUCCAGCAAAAGCAAGAUCAAGGUCAAGGUCAAGGUCAAGGUCAAGGAGACGCGGCUCAUCUCGGUCAAGCUCGCCCGAAGCUGGUUCACUUAAACACCGAAAGAGAGGCUCGACAUCUCCUAUUAAGUCAACUUCAAGCUCACCUGUUGUCGGGCAGAAAGGUCUGGUGGCCUAUGGAGAUGCUAGCCCUGAAUCCUGAUGCUGCAUCAAGGUAGUUUUUUUUGCUGCAGAAGUUAAACAUUAUGUCCAUGUUCAUUUGUGAGUUGACUCAGCACAUUUGACUUUUGAUAGUCUACUUUGGUUCAAAAUGUUUAGCAUGUUUUUUUAGGUGGAUUUUAAAGUCUGUUGAGAAGUAGAACAUCUUUUAGGUCAUUGGAUAUGUCAAGUAUCAUUGGUAAGCAUUAGUUCUUUGAACUUUAAUGGCUUUGAACUUAAAAGCGGAUAUUUGGUAAUGAACCAGAGAGAUCCUAGUUAACCUCUGGAUCGAUGAGUUGUGUUUUUACUUA